AUGAUGAAUUGUGCGAGUGAUUGCGAAUGCCCGCAGGGCCCAAAGAGUUGCAGGCCUGCCCACAUCGUCACCGAGGGUGAUGCAAUAGAUGCAGUCGAAGAAGUUGCAGAAUCAUCCGAGUCACUGUCCAGGUGCAACAAGGUCAAGUUGUGUUUUGAGCGCUGUGAAUCCCUGGACACGGAAGAACCACGCUCCCCACUAUCAAGUGGGAAGUCGGAAGACUUUGGAGACGAUUUUGCUCUAAGUGGCCUAUCCAAGGAGAGUGCGCUUGACUUGCAGCACUGCCUUCUCCAAGCAUUUGCAUCUCCAGGGUUUCAGAAGAGGCUACAUGUGAUUGCCAGAAGAUACAGAGCCUCUCAGGGUAAUGAUCCUGAAAGCUGGAAGGACUUCAAGAACUUGGUGCGGUCUUUCCAAGCCGAAAUCAUACCAGCAUAUGGCUUCGAAGCAUCCAGCCAAGGCGUUCACGACAUGCAGCGUGCUUUUGUAGCGUUCGAAAAUGACCCAGACAUUUACGUGAAUGCUGCGGCCAUCAACGAGGCACUUUUCAGUGCUAUGAAGCUGCCUGACUCAAAGAAGGACCCUACCGAAUGCAUAGGCUUUGGCCGGAAGCCUGGUUCCAGGGUCACAGUCAUGGAUAUGCUCCACAACUUGAUCAUUGCUUUCAGUGGCCCUUCAUUUCAAGAGGAAAUCCGCAAGCUCAAAGUCAGAGCCAACUUCAAUGCUGGACGAGUAGAAGAUCCACGAGGCUAUUACCACUUGCCUGGCAGGGCAGAACUUGCCCUUCCCUUUCAGCAGCCGACUCUGAAAAGCUAUGGCUUUUCGGGAGACAAGAAUGGUGUUCGUGACAUGGUUCGAAGCUGCAUACCAUACCUUGCCGACCCUGAAGUGGCAAGGACCUUUGAUGCAGUGAACUUGAAGCUUGGCAUGUCUCGAGCUGCGGCUGAAAACUUUCGCGAGCUAGCAUGUGAUCUGUAG